CAGCGGCGUGUCCGUCUGCAAAAAUGUCCGUAAUGCAAACAUGGACGGUGGGGAAAUCGUUGUGGGCGGAGUGGUUCCACGUGGUGCAAAUAUGAUUUUAUUCAUAUUUUUUUCGUAUUAGACUGAGUUAUUUUUUACGUUGGCCAAUUUUUGUUAGCAAUAUAGCCGAUGUAGCCGAUUUUUAUUUUUUUCCGCCGCCCUAUUAGUCAAGCCUAGCAUCCCGAUGCGGACCUCAAACAUGGCGGACAAACAAAUACCGAUUACGUCUCCGUUUUCUAACUUGGCGCACAUCUCCACGUGUGUGUCUUGUUGUCGUGUAGUUCGGCGGCGGUUCGUAAUCGCGUUCUGCGUCCGUCGUUGGCAGACUCCAUCCGACCCCCCGCCGCUACCAACACCCCCCCCCCCGCCUCCCACCGCUGCUUCGCCACAUCGUUGGCCGCAUUCCGAGCGACGGCCGGUGGGGACGAGUCGACGCAUGAGCAGCUUAAGUGGAGCAUGUGCGACCCAUGAGAGGACGCUGGCUUCGGGGACUGGAGCGCCCACUGUCGCAGCGGACUAUUGGAAGAAGAAGAGGACGAGGGACGAGGGACGAAUUCGAAGGGGAAAGCAAGCAUCUUUGAUUUAUUUUUGGACGGUUCGCCCUUCAACGCGCGGGAGGGAAAAGACAAGCGAGCCGUGACAUUUAUUCGCUCCCCCGAACUGGAACGUGCUUCGGAAUCACCCCGGCGUCGUUUCAACAUGUGAUGGAUUUCGUUGACGUUUCGCUCAUUUUGGACAGCCAUAUGACGCGUCGCCGUUUUAAAAUCGAACCUUCCACCAUUCCUUGAAAUAUUGAAAUUUGUUGCUCUGGCGACUUGUUGGAAUCCACCGGUUUUUUUGUUUUUUUUCGGGGGUGGGGGGGAGGUGGAGGAGGACAAGCUUUUUCAUUUUUAUUUUUUUUUUAAAUGUAUUUUUAGAAAGUGAGCCCCCCCCAACCUCUUACGUAAAUGUUUGCGUGCAGUUAGUGCUUUGGUUGUCGGUUGCAAACCCCUUUCGCCCCCCCCCCCUCACACUCUCAGACCCUCAUCUGUGCACACAUAGACUCACCUGAGUAUACACACUAUGCAUACUUGAUUGCACAGACUGACACACAUAAUCACCCCCCCCCACACGCCCACCCCACCCCACCAACUGAUGAAUCCGCGUUAUAUAGGUGGACGAGGCACGGACCCGGCUGUAGCAUCCCCCGCCUCCUCUUUCUCCUCCCCGCCACAGCCGCCCGCACUCUUUUCGCCGUCCUCCUCCUCCACGCCAGCAUGUCCUCGUCGUCGCGCAAGAUCUCCUCGGAGUCCUUCAGCAGCUCGGUGGGCUCCGAUUGCGGGCUCGAAAGCCCCGGCGGGGACGGCGGACCGGAGGCGGCCGAGGAUCUCCGAGGAUGCCCCUUCUCGUCCUUCCACAGACCGCUCCUCUGGAACGGCCGCAGCCCCGCCGAGAGGCUCGCGUGCCCGCCGGGUGAGGAGCAGCCGGGAGCCGGCGGGCCACACAAGAGGGUGACGAGGAGGAGAAGGGUGAACCUGGACUCGCUCGGGGAGAGCCUGAAGCGGCUGACGUCACCCACGACACAGACUGUUCAAGAGGCUCUGCAGAGGACGCUGAAGUUUUACAGGCAACAAGAGAUCAGGUUUCCCGAUUCUGGUACGGAGGACCGGCAACGCGAAGGUAAAGACGAGAAGUGCCCAUUUCUAGAAAAUUCUGGUUCAGAAGAGGAUGUUCUUCAGAUCCUCCAGUACAUGGCCACCAUACUGGGAGUACCAUUUUUUGAGCUGCGAGAGCAUUUUGGCGAGGAGUUCUUUGGCCUGUGCUUUGAAGAAAAUGAGCGCGUGCUCAGGGCCGUAAGUGGGAGCCUCCAGGACUUUUUUAAUGGCUUUGAUGCCAUUUUGGAACACAUUCGCACGUCCACGGGUCGCCGCGCCUCAUCGGAGAGCCCUUCCUUUCAGUGCAAGGACCCCAACGAGGAAGAGAAGGGCCGGAGAAAAUUGGGCAAAGUUGGAGAGCAAGGAUCACAAAAUGGCCGGGGGAAGUUGUUGCUCCUCCAUUGUUUCAAUCCUGCCCCUGUGGUAGGGUUGAUCAUGCCCGGGCUCAUCAGAGCAGUUUCCAGACGGAUCUUUCAUUCAGAAGUGGAAGUCGAAGAAGUGCCCCCGCUGACUCCUUUAUUGCCCGAAGAAGACGCGCGUCACAGCUACGGUGAUUCCACCACAGGAACUCCAACUACAUCCCCACCUGGCUCCCCCUCCUCCUCUCCUUCUCCGCCCUCCACUUUCCCAACCACCGUCCUGACGGUUUGCGUGUCCUUCCAAAUUCAGGAAAUGUUUCCUCCCUACUCCCUUCAAAACGCUGCCCCCGUGAUUACCAGGAAGGCCUCCCGUUCUCUUUCAACCAAUCCUAAUGAUUUACGCAUCGGCCUGGCCACAUUUUGCCGUGCCUUUCCGUUUCACCUUGUUCUCGGCCCUCGGAUGGAACUCCUGCAGCUUGGCGAGGGAUUGAGGAGGCAGGCUCGCAUCGAGCCUCAUCGGACUCUCUUGUUCAGGGACUGCUUUGAGAUCGUCUCACCCAAGAUGGAGGCUUCGUUCCAGGGGAUUCUACUGAGGCUGGCAUCCCCUUUUACCAUCCGUACAAGACCAGACAGCUCGCAAUUGGGCACCGCAGAAAAGGUCAUGGAGUUGAAAGGUCAGAUGAUCCACGUGCCAGAGUCUUGCUCUCUGAUGUUCCUGGGCUCACCCCGUGUUGACAAGUUGGAGGAACUUAUGGGCCGAGGCCUCCACCUGUCAGACAUCCCCAUCCACGAUGCCACGCGGGACGUCAUCUUGGUCGGGGAGCAGGCCAAAGCUCAGGACGGCCUCAAGAAGAGGAUGGACAAGCUCAAGGCCACAUUAGAGCGCACUCACCAGGCCCUGGAAGAGGAAAAGAGGAGAACCGUGGACCUCCUUUAUUCCAUAUUUCCGGGGGACGUGGCCCAGAAGCUGUGGCAGGGUCAACCGGUGCCCGCUCGCAAGUUCGACGACGUCACCAUGCUGUUCUCCGACAUCGUGGGCUUCACCGCCGUGUGCGCGCAGUGCACGCCCAUGCAGGUCAUCUCCAUGCUGAAUGAGCUGUACACUCGCUUUGACUACCAGUGUGGCAUUCUGGAUGUUUAUAAGAUAGAAACCAUAGGUGACGCCUACUGUGUGGCAGGAGGUCUCCACAAGAAGGUCGACAGUCACGCAAAGCCCAUCGCCCAGAUGGCUUUAAAGAUGAUGGAACUUUCUGAAGAAGUACUCACACCAGAUGGAAAACCUAUUAAGCUGAGAAUCGGCAUCCACACGGGCUCCGUCCUGGCCGGGGUGGUUGGAGUUAAAAUGCCACGGUAUUGCCUAUUUGGCAACAAUGUGACGCUGGCUAGCAAGUUUGAAUCGGGGAGCCAUCCCAGGUGUAUCAAUGUCAGUCCUACGACCUACCAGUUGCUAAAAGACGACCGAUCGUUUUCCUUCGUCCCCCGUUCCCAACUGGAGCUCCCCGAGAACUUCCCCAAAGAGAUUCCGGGAACCUGUUACUUCCUCGAGGCGGGAACGUCACACAGCCACGCGUCGUUGACCAGCUCCCGUUCCGCCCCCCCGGCCUCCAUGAGGAAAGUGUCCUACAGCAUCGGGACCAUGUUUCUAAGAGAAACAAGUUUGUAGGCGUCACGCAAACACGACAACGAGACGACGGCGAGAACUGAACGUGUGCGGAGCCGGCGGGGCAGCCAGAAACGCACAUCGCGGAUAUGCAAAUGACAGCCUGGGCUCGCUGAUGCGGGAUUGAAGAACAUUCGGAAAUUUUCAUCCCAGAGGAUGAACGUGGGAUUAAAUCGAGGAGAAAACCAGGCACGCGGAAUCGAGCUCCGUUCUGCAGUCUUUUGUGUCACGAGGAGAACUUUUGCAGAUGCGGCGGUGGAUCGAUUCUAAGGAUUUUCACGACAAAACCGUGGAGGAUCCUCCUCUGCGGCCUACUGUGGAACCGCCCAAGGUCCACCGGUGGACAACAACACACACCUCCUUCCAUCCUUUCCAGCUAACCGAAUUUUUUUUUUUUCUUGCGAACAUUGACGUGCAAUUACUACGGCGAUUCCCCCCCCCCCCCCCCCGACUAUCCAAGAAAUAUUUGGACGGGGUUGAAGAGAGGAGAUAGUUCUUAAAACAGCUAAGAAUAGAAAAAAAAAUAAUGCCAAAAAAAAAAAAAAAAAAACCCAUGCUAGAACUCGAGCCUUUUUCUGCUUGUAACUCACAGCAAAGUGCAGUCCGCAACGAUGCAGCCAUUUCAUCGCGGGUCACGUGUUCGGAGGCGACCGUUUGGAAGCGAUUCUCAGCUCAGUGCCUUUUUUUAACCGCUCAAAUCGGAACUCCCGCGAAGGAUUCCAAACGACGAGAGCCGGCGAGGGAGCCGCGUACGCCGACAUCGCCGCCGCUCGUACGUCGCGGCCGCUCGCGUCAAUUCAUUUGAGUCGAGAGAGGACAGAAGAAGAAGGAAAAAAAAAAAAGUGCACUUCAUAUGUACCAGAUACGUAUUUCAAACGGCAUUUCUCCAUUAUGUCCACUUCCGCCAAUAAUUCACAAUACAGUUUAGCGCAUAUGUACAUAUAAUUAACGGCAUAUGCAACACUGUUCACAUUUGCGUAUAUAUUUUGAAGUUUGUCAUCUUCAUUAUAAUUCUGUUCUCUCUUCAUUUUCCUGCUACAUACUUGAAAUCUCAGGCCUUCCAAACGUGUCCGUGUAGCUCACUAACAUUUAUUUAAAAAAAAAAAAAAAAUUUAGAUGGUCACUUUUUUUUUUUUUUUUUUGUAAAUUCAAUUGGUGAUGACAUUAUUAUAGAUUGUUUAACAUGCAUUAAUAACAGCAUUAGUUAACUCACAAUAUAUGUUUGGAUCCUUUUUUUUCCCACCGACGUGUACUCUGAAGGGGGGGGGGUAAUAAUCAUAUAAUUGGUUGUUAGCAUUUAUGCCGAUUUCGUUGGAGUAGCUUGGUGAAGAUUGCAGAAAAAUAACACGAUGACAACUCCUCUGACCUUCGUUAUUCUGCUUAGUAGGACCAAAUGAAACCGGUGAAUAGAAAAAUUCUCCCAUCCCGUUAAAACUGGUUUGGAAAAGUGUCCAAAUAUGCACAAUUAAAUCAAGGCGGCACGGUUGCGCAGCUGGAAAGUGUUGGCCACAGUUCUGAGGUCCCGGGUUCAAUCCCUGCCCCGCCUGUGUGUAGUUUGCAGGUUCUCCCCGUGCCUGCGUGGGUUUUCUCCGGGUGAGCACUCCACUUACCUCCCACAUCCCAAAAACAUGCGACAUUAAUUGGACACUCUAAAUUGCCCCGAGGUGUGAUUGUGAGUGGGGCUGUUUGUCUCGAUGUGCCCUGCGAUUGGCUGGGGACCAGUUCGGGGUGUACCGCGCUUCCUGCCCGUUGACAGCUGGGAUCGGCUCCAGCACACCCCGCGACCUUUGUGUGAAUAAGCGGCAAAAAAAUGGAUGGAUGGACAGAAGCACAGAAUCUCUGCUACUCAGCCGCCUUCUACUUCCUAGUUUACCUGACACCGCCCCCCUCGGCUCUUAAAGGGGUACACUCAUAAUUGGAAACAAGACACACCCGCAACUUUAUAUCUGCGGGCAUGACGGGUGGACCACACCUGUACAUUUUUCAAAUGUGAGUGACUGCAUACUGAACUGUAUUCUUGGCACUUGUGUUUAUUUCGGCUAAUACUUGCACUAACAGUCUUACUUCUAAAAUGUGGGUCCACCUUAUGGAACCACUUGCUGAUGUCGUCCUUGCCUCCCUCGCUGAGAAUCGGAAUCCACACAGGCUUCGUCCUGGCCGUGUUGGUUGAGGUAAAAUGCCAAGGUAUUGCCUAUUUGGCAACAGUAUGACGCUGGCUAGCUAACAUUAAUUGGACGCUCUAAAUUGCCCCAAGGUGUGAUUGUGAGUGUGACUAUUUGUCCAUGUGUGCCCUGCGAUUGGGUGGGAACCAGUUCAGGGUGUACCCCGCCUCCUGGCCGUUGACAGUUGGGAUAGGCUCCAGCACUCCCCUUGACCCUUGUGAGGAUAAGUGGUGAAGAAAAUCUCCAUGUUUGACUAUAGGCUCCAAUAUUGCCUCUGUCAACAUAGAGUUGAUGUUACUUCCCCCAAAACCUCCCAUUUUUGUCCGAAGAACGUUCUCCUGGAGUACAGGUGUCAAACUCGAGGCCCGGGGCCCAAUAUCCGGCCCGCCACAUGUUUUUAUGCAGCCCGCACCGGCAAAUCUGUAGUUUUUCAACUUCCUUGGUUCUUGUGAAAAUCUGGACCAAUAUUUCAAAUUGUCAUAUUCCAUCAAUUAUAACGCUGUGAUAUUACAAGCAUUUUUGAAGGCUCCAGCACUCCCCGUGACCCUUGAAAAUGGAUGGAUGGAAACCUUCUCAAAACCUUUUGACAAUUGCUACAAAAACCACUAC